AUUCUUGAUCGACGAAAUAUGAUUGGUCGAAGUAUUUUAAUAUUCAACCAUUCGUAUGUUGUUUGUCCGUCUGCUACGAAGCGAUCGACUUUCAGCCAUGAUUUGCUUCUUAUACACAAACUUUGACAAAUUUCAACAAUACAAGUAGGAUAAAUGUAGUUUGUACUAAGAUUUCAGCGCUCAAAUGAAGGACUGUUUCAUAUACAACAUGGGUUGUGCUAUGAGCGCCGAAGAUCGAGCUGCUAGAGCACACAGUAAAGCAAUCGAUCGUGAAUUACGGCAAGAGGGAAUCAAAAGAGAGAAACAUGUUAAGCUAUUGCUCCUUGGUGCUGGAAAUUCUGGCAAAAGCACAAUCGUAAAGCAGAUGAAAAUCAUUCAUGAUAAUGGUUUUUCACCCGAAGACUACAUGUAUUACAGACCUUUAAUCCACGGGAAUAUAAUUACGUGUAUGAUGCAAAUUAUACGCGGAAUGGACAAAUUGAAAAUUGAAUUUUUAGAUGAAAGAAGAUUAACAGAUGCCAAACUCGUCUUCGAAUUAGUUGCUAGAAACCAGGAAAGGGAAGCAUUUUAUCCUGAACUCACGGAAGCUUUAAAAAGACUAUGGGAGGAUCCGGGAGUUCGACAUUGCUUUUCGCGUUCAAGAGAGUAUCAACUUAAUGAUUCUGCAGAAUAUUAUCUUGAUUCUCUGGACAGAAUUGGGAAGAGCAACUACAGUCCCACGCAAGAAGAUAUUUUACGUGUCAGAAAUAGGACAACUGGCAUUGUAGAGAUUGAAUUUCAUUUUAAAAAACUUCAUUUUAAGCUCUGUGAUGUUGGUGGCCAGAGGACUGAACGUAGAAAGUGGAUUCACUGUUUUGAUGAUGUAACUGCAAUCAUUUUUGUUGCGGCUCUCAAUGAAUAUGAUAUGAUGUUGGAAGAGGAUGAGAAAAUCAACCGAAUGACAGAGAGCUUAAAUCUUUUCGAUUCAAUUGUGAAUAAUGAUUUCUUUGCAAACACUUCAAUGAUUCUUUUCUUAAACAAGAAAGAUUUAUUCGAGAAGAAGAUUGUUUUUUCACCAAUUACAGAAUGUUUUAAGGAUUACAAAGGUGAUCACAGUUACGAAGAGGCAUGUAAUUUUAUUCAACAGAAUUUCGAGAACAAAAAUUUGAAUGAUCGAAAAGAAAUUUACGUUCAUCGAACUUGUGCCACAGAUACGAAGAACAUUGAUGUUGUUUUCAAUGCAGUUACGGACACAAUUAUUGCAAAGAAUCUCAUGCGCUGUGGUCUCUACUGACCUUGUUAAAGAGGGCCUUAACAUACGUAAAAUAUUUACUGAACAUGUGCCUUCCAUGAAGAAAGGGUGCGAUUUUUACUGCUUUGGUGAUACACUUCAACAAGAAUUGUUUCAAUUGUUUACCAAGUCAAUGGAAUCACAAUGUUCAGAAUGCUUAUGGUCAUGUAUUUUGUCUCUUUUUGAAACAUGUAAUGGUCCGUCAGCGUACUGACGGUUGUUAUUCCUUUCAUCAAGUCUGGACUAUUUCUUCAAAAUGAUUUGGUAGAAUUCUUUUACAGUGUUUCAAGUGCAAUAAUUUUCACACACUUUUCUAGCAAGUUAUUGCAACAAAACUGAUUUUUAUGUAUAUGUAAUUUCAGAUUAUAUUUAUAUUUUAAUUUUAUCAGCGAAAACAGGAUUUUUCGUAAUGGUUGAUCCAUUUUAAUUUUCUUUGUUUUACUUUAUCAAAUAGUAUGAAUUCCAUAUUAAAUUCAUCCUGUCAGUACUCAAAUAUCUUUGCUUUUAUUUUAUUAUUAUUAUAACAAAUAUUUCAAAAUCAUUACAUUAAUUGUGUUUCCUGA